GAUGGGCGCUGGAUUCCGGUGCCCCCGCAGCCCGUGGCCAGGCAGGCCCCGUGGCGCAGGGUGGCCCAAGAGCUGGCCAGGGACUCCCUGCGGGGCCUGAUCCUGCAGAAUCGCCAGGAGUUCGAGGCCGCCAAGACGAGGGGGUCAUCGGAGCCUGCAGCCCAGGCCUGCUCUGCGGCUUCGGCGGCCAGUGCGGAGAAGGCCCCAGAGGCAGUCAAGGUCAAGAUUGGGAAGUGCUCGGACCCGAAGUGCAUGUUCAAGAACUUCGGGUUUCGCGAGUACUGCCGGAUGUGCACUGCAAGUGCCCCUCCUCAUAUCCUGGAGUGGCACUCGGCGAUCCGCCGUCGGGCGAUGCAGGGAGUGCAGCAGGAGCCGAAGGAGGAACCGCAGGGCGCCGCCAAGCUGAAGGUGCAGCAGGAGGGCGUCUGCACGAAGGAGACGGAGGACCAGCUCACAAUGAAGGAGAGAUUGAUGAUGCUGGCCGCCGAGAGGGACACUCUCAGGGCGAUCAGUUGCCAGCUGGAGGAUGAGAACAGGUGCUGCGCGCAGUCGGUGCUGGAGCGCAGGCCGGACAGUGUUCUGACUUCUCACCCCGCUGCUUCUACGUCGGAGAUGGUGCCUCCCAAGACGAAGAAGAACAGGUGGUCCCGCCAGCAGGACAGGGAGGCUUUGGUGGAGAGCUUGGUCGCCCAGGGGAAUGGUGUCGCCGAGCAGAGCGCCUUCUGGGGCCUCGACACGCUGGGCAAUGGCACGAACAACCGGGAAGACGAGGAGAAGGAUCACGGGCCGAAUCCCGUGGGCGCAGCGCUCUACGGUCAC